AUGGACCGGAACGACCCGAUUCUUCGAGAUCACGACCCACCGGAACCGCAGUUGACGGGAUCGGUGGACGAGAGGUGGAUCAGGGCACAUACGGCCUUCACCACCCUGAAAACCAAGAUCGCUACCACCCCAAUUCUCCGUCACUUCGACGAGAUGAGAACACCGCGAUUGGGCGAUAUCCGCUACGUUGACACAAGAACACGACAGGAUCUACCAUCCGGUUGCGUUCGCCAGCCGCACCUUGAAGGCAAACGAGUUGAAUUACAAUGUGACCGAAAGGAGGUGUUGGCAUUGCUGAGGAUCUUGGAUCUUUACUACAAUCUGCUAGUACGACGCGAGAUCCGGGUCCUAACGAGGCAUUCUACGUUGGCCUGGUUGUUCAAGCCGACGGGAUUACAGGGUCGCCUGGGACAAUGGUCUGCCCUCCCGGCCCCAUGGACACUCGAGAUCACGAAGUGCACGAAUGGUGAGGACGAGAUACUAGGGGCGAUCGCUGCCAGCAUCACGCCGAGGGCGAAGUUCGACGACGCUCGGACCGAAGUCGCUCCCUGGAAAGAACCUAAACGUCGGAUCCAAGCGCCGAUACCCACCGUAGAUCGAGACGAGGAACUAUGGGUGAUCAGCUUUGACGGGUCCGCUCGAGUUAAGCGUGGUGGGGGCGCGUUCAGCGCGAUCGUGUGGAGUCUGCCCGGAUGGGAGGUGAUCAAGGCCAGAUCAGGCUAUCUCGAGAGCCUCAUCGUGAACGAAGCCGAGUAUAACGGCUUGAUCCUGGGAUCUCGACAUGCUAGAAAGCUUAGAUCGCAGACGCCUUGUGGUCUGCGGGGAUUCCAACCUAUACGGGGUGAGAUCGAGAGCAAAGCACCCGGACUGACGCUAUUGAAACGGAAAGCCCUCCAUCGCCUCAGGAAAUGGAGUGAUCAUGAGUUGGUGCACGUCAAGAGGGACUGGAACGGAAGUGCUGACAGUCUAGCGAGCGCCGCUUUGCAACGACAAGGAGAGAUCGAGGUCCAGGAGAUGCCCGGGUACCAGGAUCUGGUCACCCUGAACCUGUUAGACGAAAUCUUGAUUCCCAAGACCGAGAAUCCGGUGGUGCGAGUUACUGCGGUUACCGCUCGAGCAGGUCGAGCGAGAUCACCUGCGGGUGCUAUGCAAGAGGAUCUGAUCCGGGAGAUCCGGGUUGAUUGGAUCAAGCAAGCCCAAGAGGAAGAAGUCUGGAUCGCCGGCAUGAAGAAGUAUCUGAGUGGCUCACAAGCGGAAGCAAGAUCGUAUGGCAAGAUCGCGGCCGACUACGAGGUAGACGAGCAGGAUCUACUCUUUUACUGCCCCCACACGCCGAGACCGGGAGACGAUCGCGACCGAUUGAUGAGAUUGGUAGUUCCCGAAACGCUGCAAUCGGAUGUCUUACACCACUAUCACACCACGUUGGAAGGAGGACAUCAGGGAGUGGGGCGAACCUACCAGCGGAUCAGGGAUCACUUCCACUUGAGGGUAUUAUACCGGAGUGUUCAACGAUAUGUGAGAGAGUGUGUGGAUUGCGAAACAGGAAAAGGAAAACCGGUGUUCCGGGGCGAAUCAGCAGGGAAUUUGCAGGCGACGUACCCGUUCCAGAUCAUUGCGAUGGAUCCCAUACCGUCGCUACCCAGAUCCCACAAGGGAAACACGGAGUUAUUGAUCUGGGUCGAUCUGAUAUGUGAUCGCGAAAGCAAGCCCGUCCCGUCCAGAUCGGCUCAGACGGUGGAGGAAUCGUACGAAGAGUGCGUGUUUCGGCGAUUUGGUGCCAGUGAGAUGAUCCGGCAUGAUCGGUUACCCGGCUUCAUGUCCGAUUUCUUCCGGGCGUUUAAUAAGACCCUGGGACAGCGGCAGCGUGCAACGAUGGCAUAUCGACCAUAG